AUGACUAAUUUGCCAGUUACUGAAACAGAAUUAGCUUCUAAGACUCAAGGUAAACUAGUAAGUGGUAGAAUUUGGAAACAUACUAAAGAACCAUUAAGAGCCAGCAGUCGUGUUGUUAAAAACAAGACAUUAACCUCAUGGGAUCUAAGGCAAAAAAAGAGAUUGGAGCAACAACAAUUUAAAGCCAGAAUCCAGGCCUUAAAAGAUGAGAAGGCAGAUGCCCGUAAACAAAAGAUACAGGCGUUGAAAGAAAGAAGAGAAAAGAAGGAAGAAGCUGAAAGAUAUGAGCGCUUGGCAGCCAAGAUGCAUGCUAAAAAGGUUGAUAGAAUGAGAAGAAGGGAAAAGAGAAACAAAGCCUUGAAAGAACGUUAG